CGCCACCGAGUCGUGGCAGCCCGAUGGGGACUCUUUGGACACAUUCUCCGACGGCCGGACAUCCGUGCCUACACACAAAUGGCUGCCUACUACGCCCCCAGCGAAGCAGACCAAUGGCGCGGUCGCCCCCGCACAACCCUUCCUGUCGUACUUGACGCUGACCUCGUAGCCACUACUGGUGACUCGACGUAUGCGGACACCACACUAUGCCGCCGACUAGCUAAGUUGAGCCUAGCGCAGGUGUAA